AUGCACGUUGCAAAGCUCUCCCUCGUCGGCGCGCUCGCCGUCGGCGUUUCGGCAGUCAAAGGACCUACUGUUCACAACAGAAGGGCUCCUGGGCCAAAGCUUCAGGUCUUGCCUCGACAACUACCAGCAGAGCCCACUGGCGUCCAGACCAUCAUCACCCCAAAUGGCCUUAACAUCACCUACAAGGAACCGGGCAAAGAGGGCGUCUGUGAGACGACCCCAGGCGUCAACUCGUACGCAGGCUUUAUCAACCUUGCUCCGGAUGUCCAUAGCUUCUUCUGGUUCUUUGAGUCUCGAAAUGACCCCGCCAACGAUCCAAUCACGCUUUGGCUCAACGGAGGGCCUGGAAGUGAUUCCUUGAUUGGAAUGUUUCAAGAGCUUGGCCCGUGUAAUGUCACGGAAAAUUUGACCACGCAGCUCAACCCGCACGCCUGGAAUGAGGCUUCGAACAUGAUCUUCCUCAGCCAGCCACUGGGUGUGGGUUUUUCAUACGGCUCAAAGGGCCCCGGUUCGCUCGACCCCAACUUCGGACAGUUCGUCCCUCCAUCAGAGGCCAACGUGACCGGCCGAUACCCCAUCAUCAAUGCGACUGCCAUUGAUACCACUGAUCUUGCCGCGAUCGCUGCCUGGGAGGUGCUCCAAGGAUUCUACUCGGCGCUGCCCCAGCUUGAUUCAAAGGUCCAAUCAACCAAGUUCAACCUGUGGACCGAGUCUUACGGAGGACAUUAUGGCCCUGCCUUCUUCAACUACUUCUAUCAACAAAACCAAGCCAUCGCCAACGGCACCCAAACCGGCAAAUACUUUGAGUUUGUGAACCUGGGCAUCAUGAAUGGGAUCGUGGACGAAUAUGUUCAAGCGCCGUACUAUCCGAUUUUCGCCAACAACAACACUUACGGGAUCAAAGCAGUGAACGACACCGUGUAUGACUAUAUGACCUUUGCCUGCUACAUGAACGACGGCUGCCUGGACCAGAUCUCCCUGUGCGCCAUUGCCGACACUUCCACCCUCACCGGUCAAGCCGUGUGCACCGAAGCCGAGGACAUGUGCCGUGAUAACGUUGAGUCGCCGUACUACUACUAUGGAGGCCGUGGCGUCUAUGAUAUUCGCCACCCGUACGACGACCCUACCCCGCCCACCUACUUCAUCGACUACCUCAACUUGGCCUCGACACAACAAGCCCUGGGUGUUGAUACGAACUACACCUCGGAUGCCAACGAUGAGGUCUAUUACGCAUUCCAGCAGACGGGCGACUUCAUCUACUUUAACUUCAUCGACGAUCUCGAGGAGCUCCUGAAUUCGUCCUCUGUCCGCGUGACUCUUGUCUAUGGAGAUGCCGAUUACAUCUGCAACUGGUAUGGCGGACAGGCCGUGUCACUGGCCGCCAAGUGGCCUCACGCCGCUGAGUUCAAGGCUUCGGGAUAUGUACCCUUCGUGGUCAAUGGCGUCGAGUAUGGCGAGACGCGCGAGUACGGCAACUUCUCCUUCACCCGCAUUUACGAAUCCGGCCAUGAGGUUCCCUACUACCAGCCAAUUGCCGCGCUGGGCUUCUUCUCGCGCGCCAUCAACGGCUUGGACAUCGCCACGGGCACAAUGCACGUAAACGGGACACAAGGAGGAACCAAGGGCAACCCAAGUGCCACCCAUACGGAGAGCUUCGUGCCGCUGCCGACCUCGACUUCUUCCGGAUCCACGGCGGCUUCGUUAGUGCCGGAAGGUCCAGUCAUCCCAGGCCGAUUUGCGAGACGGGGGUACUGA